AAAAUGAUUUUUUGUUCUUUUCCUUGAAUUGUUUGCGAUCGUACUUCACAGCGCGUUUUGCAUUCCCUUAUUUGCAUUUUUCUGAAGUAAUUUUUGCCUAUUUCUGUUUAUUCUUUUGAUUUUGAGUGCUAGAUAGUAGAUCCUUGCAGAAAUUAUCCGCCGUUGAAGUAUUUUCACCAGCAACUUUUCAGCUAUGAUUACUUAGAAUCCUGGAAUUUGAUAUGAUAACUAUUGUUUCAAUGGCGAUUCAAGUUGCUACUUAUGUUUAAAACGGAGGGAAGAAAAAAUAGGCUAAAAGUGUAUUGGUUUCGGGGAUCAUGUGGAAUGAGUUAGGGUUUAGCUCUUAAUGAGACUGUUCUUUUUCCUUUUCCUUUAAAAAGCUUAUCGCCAUCUAAUUCUUCAUCAACAAGUAUUAGAUCAUUUCUUCACUUCUCCCACUUACUGCUAUAUAUGAAAAGAUUUCCAUUGAUACAUACCUGGGUGAUCUUUCCUAUUUCAUUUACUCAACAAUGUUAGUCACACUUGUUCAUUUGACUUUAGCUUGGAGGAAUUAGUAUAGCAUGUAUCCUAUAGAAUAAGUACUUAAUUAUAGUGUUUCAAGCAAGAUUGCAGCAUAUGAUGCAUAUGCUCCAGGUGCUAUUGAACAAUGUGAAAUAUGGGUACUAAAGCAUUCGUGUUUGUCCAGAUCUCGUUUAUAGUAAACUAAUUCCCUUCUAGGUCCAUCAUCCCUUUGAGGCCUGUGUGAGUCCAGUUUGCGGACGUGUUUUCUGGAUCUCUAAGAACAAGGAUCUAAUUUAUAAGCUUGAACUAUUUUACCCAAAUCUCUGCCAUGGUAAUCUUAAAUCUAGUUAUCUGCUUAAUACAUCAUUUUGCCCUCUUCUAUGCUGAAAAUCAUGGCCUGCUUAACUGGAUGGUGACUUGAGUCUUGCGUAAACUCUUCCCCCCUCUUACGGUCUUGCCAGAUGCUUACUUCCUGCAAAAUGUCAGAGGAAGCUCCUAGAGAUCUCAAAACAUCGCCUGAAGCUGGGGAACUCACUAAUAGCUCCAGAAAUGGGAAUACUUCCAAGAAACAGGUUGAGAGUAUUGAUGAAAAUCAUGAAAAGGAAAGAGAAAAUCCCGUCUUACUAGUUGAACCUAUCCCUAAUGAAGCUGAAAAGGUGAAUUCUGGGGUUGAGGUGGGAAAUUCAGAUGUAGAAUACAUUGAACCUGAGAAUUUGAAUGAUGUAGAAGACGUAGAUAUGAGCCUGAAGACACUGUUGUCUGGGCUGGAAUCCAAGGACUGGAUUUUAGUGUGUGAGGCACUCAAUGAUGUACGGAGUUUGUCUGAGUUUCACAGAGAAGCAAUGCUUGAUAUUUUGGGAAAUGUAAUCUCGCUUGUUGUGAAAUCCUUGAAGAAUCCAAGAAGUGCUGUUUGUAAGACCGCUAUCAUGACUUCAGCUGAUAUUUUCAAAGCAUUCUGUGACAGCGUUGUUGACUCAAUGGAUCCACUGCUUGUUCAACUUCUGCUGAGAUCUUCACAAGACAAGCGAUUUAUUUGUGAGGCAUCUGAGAAAGCUCUGAUAUCCAUGACGACAUGGGUUUCUCCAGUUCUAUUGUUACCUAAGCUGCAACCUUAUCUUAAAAACAAAAAUCCUCGAAUUCGAGCAAAGGCUUCAAUGUGCAUUUCUCAAAGUGUACCACAUCUGGGAGUUGAGGGAAUCAAAGCAUAUGGGAUUGAGAAGCUGAUCCAACUUGCCGCAUCUCAGCUCAGUGACCAACUCCCUGAAUCAAGGGAGGCUGCUCGUGCUCUAUUGUUAGACCUGCGAAAUGUCUACAAGAAAACACUUGAUAUGGCACCAACAGACGUCAGUGAAAACCCCCAAACAAUUUCCUGGGAGCAUUUCUGUCAAUUGAAGCUCUCACCUUUAAGUGCUCAAGCUGUUCUUCGUGUGACAAAUGCCGGCCGGUAGUAUCUUGUUUUGGUUCGUGUAGUUUAUGCAAGUAUCGAGUUCUAGUGAGCACGUUUUCCCUUUAUUCUUUAUAUACCUGUAAAUACCAUCAAAGGUGUGAGGUGCUUAGAAGGUAGUUAAACCGUGUAAUGGAGCUAUAAAACCUGAGUGUUGUGAUUAUACGGCUUAGAUUACAUUGCAUUGUGGAUAAUUCAUUAGCGGAUGCAUACUACCGAAUAUACAGUUGUAAUUUUGCUUACUACUGUUUGUUUGCCAUAUCAAUGACAAUUCAUCGUAUCAAAUUCGAGGA